AUGAAUGAUGGAGACAAUAGCAAGAUGUUUUCCAAAAAAUUAAAUCCUGGAACAGUUAUUGCAGGCAAAUAUAAAUUGUUGGAGAAAAUUGGUGCAGGAUCUUUUGGAAUGGUCUUUAAAACUUAAAACCUCAAAAAUGGGGAAUUGAUAGCAACUAAAUUUGAGAAGAGGGACGAAAGUCAAAAAGGUGUAAGUUUGCUAAUUAGAGAAAUCAAAGUUUUAUAAGAUGUAAAAGGUUUUCCAUAAUUAAAAUUCUAUGGUCGAGAUGACCAUUACAACUUCUUUAUGGAAUCUUAUUUAGGAAUGAAUCUAGAGUAACUAAUGAGAAAAUGCAAUGGAAAGUUUAGCUAAAAUACUGUAUUGAAGAUUGGUCUAUAAUUGUUAGAUAGGGUUUAAGCAUUUCAUGAAAAAAACCUAAUUCAUAGAGACAUCAAACCAGAAAAUUUUACGAUUGGUCGGCAAGAUAGUACUCAAAUUUUCGUUAUUGAUUUCGGAUUAUCUAAGUAUUAUCGAGACAGCAAUGGGAAGCAUAUUCCCUUUACGAGUAACAAAGGAUUGAUUGGUACAGCUAGAUAUGCUAGUGUGAAUGCAUUAAUAGGAAAUGAGUAAUCCAGAAGAGAUGAUAUCGAAUCAUUAGCUUAUGUACUCAUUUAUUUCUAUUUGGGGGAGUUGCCUUGGUAAAAUAUUUAAGUAGUUAACAAAGAAGAUAAAUAUAAGAAAAUACUACAAAUGAAAUAAAACAAUUCUUUGGAUAAAUUAAAUGACUUAUUACCUAAAUCCCUAGUAAAGUUGCUGAAAGUAUCAAUGUCAUACGAAUUUCAACAGACUCCAGAUUAUGCUGGUUUGAAGAAGCUCCUUUAAGAUGAUUUAAAUAUAGAUUCUAAAUUUGAUUGGGAGAAAAUACAAGGUCUUUUUUCGGAGAAGAACAAUAUGAGUGUCUCAAUUGAUGUCUAGUCAAAUACAAAUUAAUUUGAUGAUUUAAUUGAUAUAUAUCCUGGUUUGUAAAAUUCGAUGUGUAAAGUGACACAAUAAGAAACUAAAUUUAUAAAUGGUAGAUUAGAUAAUAGUCGGAGAAAUAUCAUAUAUUUGGAAGUUCCCAAAAGAAACUCUACAAUUCUUGAAGGAGCUUCUAGUCCUGGAGGAACUAUAGUUUCCUUUAACACCUCUAAAAUGAAUCAUUAUGAGGGAUCAAAUAGAAAUCUCGCCUCUUAUAAAUAAUUUAUUGAUGUUUAAGUCUAGUCUUUAGAGAAUGACUGUGACGAUGAUUAUACACCAAAUCAAGAUGAUUCACCUUGUCUAUAUGUUAGAAACUUUGUAGUAGGCUCUAAAUAUAAGGAUCAUCAUUGA